AUGUACUCUUGGUCAGACUUGAAUGUGUCGCUGAAAGAAAGAAACAACAAACCCGAGAAGCUAACAAUGAUGGAACAGGCAAUGCGCGACCUUCAAGCAAUGUCGAAUAUGGACGAAAAUCUUUUCCAGUUUGUUUGCAAGAAGCUUCGGGAUCCCACGAAUCAAGUCAUGUUUGCCGCGAUUAAUCAUGAUGAGAGGAUGUCUUACGUACAUGGUAGUGACACAUAUGAAGAGGAGAUCGAUGAUUUGCCUGACAUCGACAGCGAAUUUGACCCGGUGGAAGACUACGAGCCCUUGGAAACUUCAUUAAUGGUGGGAUCCCAAUUUCAAAAACUUGUAAACAUUUACGAGAGUUCGUCGUCCGCAUUUUCCCCAUUAAGAAGAAUGCCCUACCGAGAAUCCAUGUACUCAGGUUUGGACUGGGACUGCAUUGGCGCAAUUGACGGGACUAUUAUACCUGCGUGGGUGCCGGAAAGACAACAAGGUUCCUACAGAUGUAGGAAAAGGUAUUUAGUGGGUUGGGAAGGCAGCGCCAAUGAUGCACGCAUUUUCAAUCAGACAUUGUCGACCCCAGAUAUAAUUUCCCCUAUCCACCGCCCGGUAAAUCAGCCAUGA